AUGCCGAAUGCCACCCCUAAUAUCGACUCUAAUAUCACCCAUAAUAUUGGCCCUAAUAUCAACCCGAAUAUCACCCCCCCGAAUGCUACACCGAAUGCCACAUCUAAUGAAAUCUCUAUCUCACAGCUGGUCACAUCCUAUUCAAUUGAAAUGGAUAACUACUUUACAUCAGUUCCUUUAUUCAAAGAAUUACGUCAACAGGGGUAUGGAGCAUGUGGAACCACUCAUUCAAACCAGGUUCCAGCAGUACUAGAUGAGCUUUGA